GUGCCUACAUAUAUGGCCUCUUCUUGGAUGGUGCCCGCUGGGAUCGCAAGAAUCGAGUCGUGGAGGAGUCCAUGCCAAAGGUUCUGCAGGAUGUUGUGCCAACGGUAA